UUUCCUUUGUGUAAAUAGUCGCCGGUGACUCUCUAUUGGAUGUUUAAAUUUGGUUUCCAUUGUUAAAAGAUUUUAUUCUAGAGAUUUUCUAGAUGUAGAGUAGACUAGAUUUGAGUCUCUAAAGCGACUAAGGUCAUGAUUUUAUUUUUCAUCUAAGGAAUUUAGAUAAAAAAACAAAUAAGUAUCUAGAUCUAGACUCUAAAGAGUCCAGAUUAUAAAACUUAGACCAAAAAUGUUUGUUGAUUCUACAUUAGAACAGUUUCAAGAAACUCUAGGACUGGCGGACGUGAGUUCUGGCACAGUCGCUUUGGUAACAACGACGCUGCUCUUGAGUGCUGCUUUGGCCUACCGAAAACUCACCGAAGAAAAGGUAGAGGGUAAGAUACCUCCUGUGAUUCCAUCAACUAUACCCUUUUUAGGACAUGCAGUUAGCUUUGGAUCAAGUCCUAUUGAGUUUUUACUUGCUGCCUAUGAAAAGUAUGGGCCUGUGUUUAGUUUUACAAUGGUGGGAAAGACAUUCACAUACCUUGUUGGAUCAGAGGCAUCUGCUUUAAUGUUUAAUAGCAAAAAUGAGAACUUAAAUGCUGAAGAAGUUUACAGUCGACUGGUAACGCCAGUAUUUGGGAAAGGAGUUGCCUAUGAUAUUCCUAACUCGAUUUUUUUAGAGCAGAAAAAGAUGUUCAAAACUGGCUUAAACAUUGCCAGAUUUCGUGAACAUGUUCAUAUAAUUGAAAAUGAGACUAAAGAUUACUUCAAAAGAUGGGGCACUAAUGGGACAAAUGAUCUCUUUGUUGCAUUGUCAGAACUUAUUAUUCUCACUGCCAGCCACUGUCUACAUGGUCGAGAAAUCCGAGAACGUCUUGAUGAACAUAUUGCUCAAUUGUAUGCUGACUUAGAUGGUGGUUUUACUCACCUGGCUUGGUUGUUGCCAGGCUGGUUACCCUUUCCAAGUUUCAGAAAGCGAGACAAAGCUCAAAAAGAAAUGAAGCAAAUCUUCCAUGAAAUCAUUCAGAAAAGAAGAGCCAAUCCUAAUCCUGAUGAUGAUAUGUUGCAAACUCUUAUAGAUGCCAAAUACAAGAGUGGGCGCUCAUUAUCUGAUGAAGAAAUCUCUGGUAUGCUUAUUGGGUUGCUGCUUGCUGGCCAGCAUACUUCAUCUACCACCAGUACAUGGAUGGGAUUUUUCUUGGCUAAAGACAAAGAACUUCAAAAAAGAGUGUAUGAAGAGCAGCUAAGAGUUUGUGGUGAAGGUUUAGCUCCAGUUGACUAUGAUCAGUUGAAAGAUAUGCAAUUACUUGAUCGUUGCCUCAAGGAGACUUUACGUUUGCGUCCACCCAUUAUGACUAUGAUGAGAAUGUGUAAAACUCCUCAGAAUAUACUUGGCUACACUAUUCCACCUGGUCAUCAAGUUUGUGUUUCACCUACAACAAAUCAUCGCCUUCCAGACACUUGGAAAGACUUUGACAAGUUUUUACCUGACAGGUUUAUUGACCCUGAAGUAGCCAACAGUGAAAAGUUUGCUUACAUCCCAUUCGGUGCUGGCAGACACAGAUGUAUUGGGGAGUCCUUUGCAUAUGUGCAAAUAAAAACCAUAUUUUCCUACUUGAUUAGGAAGUAUGAAUUUGAUCUAGUAGAUGAUUAUUUCCCCGAAGUCAAUGUCUCCACUAUGAUUCACACACCUUCAAAGCCAUUGAUCCGAUAUCAACUCAGAAAACCAUAGUUGUCAACAAGUGUCAUAUAUUUCUUUAUUUCCACAAUUUCUUAUAAUCUUGCAUAUAAAUAAAAUGAUGGUAGUUUAAUAAUACAGGCCAUAGUAUUGUAUUAUAGUUCAUUUUUGUGGUUAACAUUUUAUAAAUAUAUUGCUUAAUCUAUAUAACUAAGUCAAGUAGAAUUUUUUUUUAAUUCUGCUGAAUAGCCACACAUUUUGAUAAUUUUUUUUAUUUAAAGAAAUCUAUUUGUUGAGUACUAGCAACAGGCUAUUGAUGAAAUGUCUUUAAUGGAUAAAUAGUUUUUAUUGUUUUGUUACUAGACUAGUCAAAUGAAGAGAAGUUACAUUGUUUUAUAAACUUAGAAAAAAACAUACAUACAUUGACUAGUCUGUUUCUUGUUAGAAAAAAACAUACAUACAUUGACUAGUCUGUUUCUUGACUAUUACAUGGUUGUCUCCAUUCUUCGUUAAAAGUAAUGGCAUAUGUAUACGAUUAAAAUUAUUAUAUUUUGUAUCAAACAAGUUUGCCUGUUUCUUUAGUAAGUUAAUAAUUGAUGAGAGUUUUGAUAUUAAACAUUAAGUUUUAAUGACAAGCAAUCAAUCAAUAGAGAUGGAAGUCCCCUUAAUUAAUUUAUCUAAAACUUUUAAUAAAUAUUUCCAAACCCUUAAUCCCCUCAUCCCAACUUUUGACAAUUAUUCCUAAAUCAGGACUUAUUUGAAGAAACUUGUUCAGUUUUUCUCAACCCAGAGUCUAAGUCAUAUUUAAGUGAUAUCUUUUUGGUGUGUGUCCUACUUAUAUGUAUUUAUAUAUCAUUUUAAGAUAAAAAUAAAUGAAUGCUAAUAGGUGAAGGUAUAGUUUACCUUUUCCUGAAUUCAGGAUAAACUACUGGCCACCCUCCCUUGCCUCAAUUUAUCUUACAUUGAGAUAAAAGCUAGCUAUGAUAGGGUCACAUGGUACAUAAUCUUUUUUCAUGUACUUCAGGAUAAACUACUGGCCACCCUCCCUUGCCUCAAGUUAUCUUACAUUGAGAUCAAAGCUAGUUAGGAUAGGGUCACAUAGUACAUAUCUUUUUUCAUGAACAGUAGGUAAGAUAGGUCAUUUAAUGUAGCAGACUGUCAGGUGAUGAGAGCUCUUAACUUGUAAGCAUAGCGCACAAAUCAGUAUUUAAAGUAUUCUGAAUAUAUCUUCAAUAAAUCAUUUUACAUUUACUUUCCAUUAAAGAUGUGCAUGGCUAGUGUUUAAAUGUUAUUUUUGUUUUGAAAUUGAAGAAAUGCUUUUUGCCAUUUUUUUUAAAACUCUACAACUUUUUUUGUGUGUGUGUAAGAAAGUUAUUUGUACUAAACUGUUUUUUUUUUUAUAAUUAUUCUGUUAUUUCAUACGUUAAGGGUAAGAACUAACAUAGGGGUACUUUUUUAUUUGUAGCAGCAGUGAUCUCUUUGUAUAAAAAAAAAAUCAUGGAAAGUUGUGUAACCAUCUUCUAAAAGUUUUUUUUUUUUUUUUGCUGAUGUGUGUAAUAAAUUCAACAACGUGA